AUGGCGUACCUCCUCUGGUCAUGGUGGUGGGCAGCCACACUUUCAGCAGCAGCCAUGGCUUUUUGGUUACUCCAAACCAUAAGAAAACACAACUUGCCGCCUGGUCCACGUGGGUUACCAAUACUUGGGUACUUCCCCUUUCUGGGUACCCAUCUCCACAAGACGUUCACGGAGCUAGCCCAAGUUCACGGCCCCAUCUACAAGCUCUGGCUCGGUCAGAAAAUCUACGUCGUGAUCAGCUCGCCAUUGCUUGCCAAACAAAUCCGUGACAACGACGUAGCGUUUGCAAACCGUGAUCCGGUAAUCGCGUCCACUGUCCUAACAUAUGGUGCAAAUGACAUCGCUUUCUCCCCCUAUGGCCCAGAGUGGAAGAAGCUGCGGAAGGUCUUCGUGCGUGAGCUGUUGAGCAACUCGAGGCUUGAUGCUUCCUACGUGGUUAGGAAGCAGGAAGUGGGAAAAGCUCUUGCGGAUGUGUACUGGAAGAAGAGAGGUGAGGCUUUGGACUUUGGGCAGUUGGUGUUUACGACUAUAUCGAACACCAUCCUGAGCAUGCUUUGGGGGAGCACCAUCCACGGAAAGGAAGGGGAGAAGUUCUUUUCCAGAGUUAGAGAGUUGUCGAGUGAGUUUGUGGCGCUUCAAGGAGCAGCCAAUGUCUCGGACUACAUUCCAGGACUUGCUAGGUUUGACCUGCAAGGUAUAGAACGGAAAUCCAGAAGGGUGUUGGAAGUACUUGAUGGAAUCUUCUGUACUGCAAUUGAUCAGAGACGGAAGAAGUUAGUCGAAAAGGCAGAGAAAGAGACAACAAAGGACUUCUUGCAGAUUUUAUUAGAGCUUAAAAGCCGUGGAGAUGAUGCUUCAUCCAUCACAGAAAACCAACUCAAGGGCAUUCUCAUGGAUGCUAUAAUCGGAGGAACAGACACAACAUCGACGACAAUAGAAUGGACAAUGGCAGAGCUGAUGCAACAUCCAGAUGCAAUGCAGAAGGUGAUCAAAGAGCUAGAUGAGGUAGUAGGAAGAAGCUAUGCUGUAGAGGAGUUCCAUCUCCCCAAGUUAUGCUACCUAGAUGCGGCUAUCAAGGAGACAUUCCGCCUGCAUCCCACAGUUCCCAUUCUAGUGCCCCGUAGCGCCAGAGGGGACUGCGACCUUGGCGGAUACACCAUUCCUAAGGGAGCCACAGUUGUCAUUAACGCUUUUGCAAUCCAAAGGGACCCAUAUCUCUGGGACAGUCCUCUGGAGUUCAGACCAGAAAGGUUUCUGGACGAGAAAGCAUCAAAGUUUGAUUACUUGGGUACUAGUUCACAGUAUCUCCCAUUUGGUACUGGGAGGAGGGUUUGUCCAGGGCUUCCCAUGGCGGAGAGGAUGCUGAAACACUUUCUGGCAUCGCUGCUCCACACAUUUGAAUGGAGACUUGCAUAUGGGACACAGAUUGAUUUAACAGAUAAAUUUGGAAUUGUCGUGAAGUUAGAGAAGCCGUUAGUUCUUGUUCCUACACCAAGGUUAGCCAAUCCUGAGCUGUACUAG